GCCGCCCGUUUUCAUCAGUUUGCAGCGAACCUGGGCACGAUCCGGAGCGUCACCCACAAUCGCCGGUCGAACAGUCGGUCGGUCAUACAUUGUCGCACAGUCGAACAGCGACCAACUGCAGUGAACAGAUUCUUCCUCUUCUCUUGUAGAGGCGCCGAUCAGUGACGUCCAAGGUGGCUGCAAACAGAGAAAUACGUAAGCAGGAAUUCCAGGAGCCUCCGUCAUCAUGUCUACCGCCGUUGUCAAGUCAGAUGAGGACAACAAAACUAAACGGAAAACGGAAGUGAAACCUAAGACGGCAUCGGACUUCAUACCUCCGGAUGGAGGCUGGGGUUGGAUGGUGGUCCUGGCAGCUGGAUGCUCCAAUCUGUGCACUUUCCCGGCGCUUCAACAGUUCGGUUUGCUCUUCCGAGAAAGGCUUAGUGACCUUGGUAUCAACUCUUCCGAAAUUACCACGAUCAUUAACACAAACUCGGCACUAAUGUCCAUCGUAGGUCUCCUGAACGGGCCGAUGUUCCGGCGGUUCACCUUCCGACAAGUAGCAUUCUUCGGUGCAUCACUGGUAACUUUGGGUUUGGCCUUGACCUCCAUGGCAAACUCGUUCAUCGUGUACCUCAUCACCUUCUCAGUAUUAUACGGUUCCGGCGUUGGAAUAACCGCAUCGGCUAAUUCACUAGCCCUAAACACAUACUUCAAAGAAAAGCGACGCUAUGCCACCGGUUUUUCGUGGACGGCAACAGCCCUCGGUCCCAUCAUCGCUCCUCACAUCAUCACCUUCCUCUUGCCACGCUUCGGCGUCGAUGGAACCGUUCUGAUCUUCGCCGGUUUCGCCAUGAACGCUAUCGUUUGCUCCCUUCUGCUCCAACCGGUACACUGGCAUGCGAAACCCUUACCACCGCCAGACGUCGAGGAAGCUAAACCCGAAGCCCUAGCACCGCGAUGUCAGUAUUGCCAAUCUCAACCCCGACCACUACGAAAAGAUCACAGCGUCCUCUCCAGCCAGUACCUUUACAACGCGGAUGACGCCUGCACUACGGGUUACGAGAUCAUCGACCCGGGAACCCCGAUGUUGUCCCGGGCGAACGAUGGCUGGUACGGCUCCCGGAUGAACCUGGGCACGCCCAGUCGUGUGCCGUCAUCAAGACCGUCGUACGCAAAUCUGUCCAGCGCCGUAGAACGAUAUCCCAAAAGUGUUACCGAUCGCCAAUACCAAGCGGAUAACAACAGCGCCAAAGGCGGUUUCCGGAAGCGAUCCAACACCUUCAACCGGGAGAAGGAUGUUUUAAAAAUGGCUUCCAGCAAGCUGGAGCAGAUUCUUGAUCACGAGUCCUGCUGUCAGUGUACUUGCGAAGAUGAUCGCAAGGUUCUAGAAGAAGAUCCCGUACAUGAGGACCAAGAACCUGAGAAACUUAGCUUUCUUCAGAAAGUGGUCAUCUUUUUCGAUCUGGACCUGUUGAAGGACUUGGUCUACGUGAACAUCAUGGUCGGCAUCACGCUAGCCAACUUUGCCGAACUGAACUUCUCCGUCCUUACGCCGUUUGUGCUCGGGGACUUCGGUUUGACCAAAGAGCAGAUUGCCCUGGCCAUGUCGUUCCUCGGAGCGAUGGACAUCUUCUGCCGUUUUACGAUACCAUUCAUCGCCGGCAAGAUCGGCUGGGAGAAUCGGACGUUCUUCCUGUUCGGAGUUCUCAACAUGGCGUUGGGUAGAGUUGUUCUGGCCCACUUCCACUCGUACCCGGUGGUCAUGGCCGUAGCCUUUUGGAUCGGCUUCAACAAGGGUCUCCGGACGGUGUUCAUGGCCCUAGCCAUCCCGUCGCACGUUCCGCUGGAGCGACUUCCGGGUGCGACCGGCAUCCAGCUGCUCUUUUCCGGGCUGUUCUACCUUUUCAUGGGACCCGUCAUCGGAUUCAUACGUGAUCGCACCAACUACACCAUCACUCUGCACUGCCUCAACCUGGCAACGUACAUAAUGGCCAUCAGUUGGGCUGUGGAGAUGUAUUACCUUACACCGAGGCGACUCCAGAGACAAACGCAGCCCCAGAAUGGAAUCCAAGCGGAGCAGGAGCAAACCGAGCGAUUACUGAAGCAGAAACAGGACGUCAUCAAGCAGUAGAUAAAUAAGCUUUUCUCGUUUAUUAGGAAAUUAAACUUUUAUUCCACCAGUUCA